UGUUCGCAGACAUGUGGCAGUGGUGUUCAGAAGCGAGAUACACUUUGUAAGCAGCGCCUGGCAGAUGGAAGCUUGAUAGAGCUGCCAGAAACUUUCUGCUCCACACCAAGGCCAGUUAUCCAACAAGCCUGCAAAAAUGAGGAUUGUCCCAAUGAGUGGCUUCUUUCUCACUGGACAGAGUGUUCAGUGAGCUGUGGAGAGGGCAUCCAGAGCCGAAAUGCCAUUUGCAGAAAGAUGCUGAAAACCGGGGGGUUUGUCAUCAUCAAUUCCUCACUGUGCUCACCUUUGCCAUUCUCAUCCUUGAUCAGACCCUGUGCACUAGGCACCUGUGCAAGGCACAACAGGCCAGCUCAUAAGCAAAGCCCACAUAUUAUGGCUGUAAAGAAAGUUUACAUCCAGACAAGGAAGCAGAAGAAGUUACAUUUUAUUGUGGGUGGGUAUGCCUACCUGCUACCCAAAACCUCUGUUAUUCUCCGAUGCCCUACAAGGAGGUUCCGGAAAUCAAUGAUCACUUGGGAAAAGGAUGACAAGAGGCUUGUCAGCUCAGGUCACAUCACCAUUGCGCCCUACGGGUACAUCAAAAUCCAUCGUCUGAAGACGUCAGACAUCGGGACAUACACCUGUACAGCAGGGCCAGCCCGGGAGCAUUUUGUAAUUAAACUAAUUGGAAGUAAUAAGAAGGUUGUUGCUGGGCAGCCAACCAGUAUUAGGGAGGAAGAGGCCAUGAGAAAGGCCAGCUUCAGUGAAGCCCUGCAAACAGAGGAGAAACAUAUCAACGGGAUUCUCUUCAACGGGAGCAAGGUUGAAAAGCGAGGGCAUCUUGCGCACCCCAGCAGGUGGUAUGACGAUAUUGUCUCAAGGCUGCUACAGCACAGAGGCUGGCCAGGGGAAAAUCUGGAGACCUGGGAAGCCCAGGAGUCCACAGAGAGAAAUGUAUCCUCAGAGGAAGACCGUAGUCAGGAGUAUAGUCUGCCAUUUACUAUGUUCACAGAGCAGAAACGCUUGGAUGAAAUCAUAAGGAAUUUGUCUCAACAGUCUGAGGAGCUUAAAGAUGUCUACACUGAGCAGUUGCUUGUGCAGCUAGCUCGUGAUAUUUUCAAGAGCUACUUGGAGCACCAGGAAUCUGUCCUCAAAACGCCAGGGCAAAGGGCAGAUUCAACCUCGGUGAGGUACCAGCCUCACAGACAUGUUUCUGGAUUUACCAGCUCUCUGAGAACAUCAUCUGCGGAAGCAGAUCUUCCUACUUCUGUAGACCUGGCAACCAGCUUACGCAGACCUCAUCAGAAGCCUGCCAUCCUCCGAAAGUUUUCAGCAGCACAACAGCUUUCUGCUUCAGAGGUUAUUACCCACCUGGGACAGACAGUGGUCCUAGCCAGUGGCACACUGAGUGUGCUGCUUCACUGUGAAGCAGUGGGAAACCCAAAGCCCACUAUCAGCUGGGCUAAGAAUGGAGAGGAGGUGAAAUACAAUGAUAGGGUGCUACUUCAGCCUGAUGACUCCUUGCAGAUUCUAGCACCUGUGGAAGCUGAUGUGGGUUUCUAUGCUUGCAAUGCGUCCAAUGCCAUAGGAUCUGACUCAGUUUCCAUUGCUGUCACUCUAGCAGGAAAACCACUGAUAAAGGCAUCAAGAGCUACUGUGAUCAACACUGAAUCGCCUGCUGUCACUGUUGAUAUUGGAAGCACAGUGAAAACAAUCCAGAGAGCAAAUGUUACCAUUAACUGCCAGGUUGCAGGCGUUCCUGAAGCAGAAGUUACUUGGUUUAAGAACAAGGUCAAGCUACCCUCUGCUCACCAUCUGCGUGAUGGGUUACUGCUAAUUGCAAAUGUUUCUCUGUCAGAUCAGGGAUUGUACUCCUGCAAGGCAGCCAAUCUUCGUGGGGAGGUAACUGAAAGCUCCCAGCUCUUGGUUCUUGAGCCUCCACGACCUCUUCCUUACCUAGAAGACAUGACAGUGGUGCUUUCCAGUGCUGGGACCAGCACUCGUUCAGUGCUGACCUCUCCAUCAGGAACACAAAUGACCAUCAGUCCAGGGAGGUCUGCUCUCAUAGGUAAGUCAAGUGCUUCAAGAUUUUUUUAG